AUGACGAUAUUAAGAAGAGUAAGUCAAUCAUUAAUUCGUAAUUCAGUAAGAAAAAUGCAUGUCGAAUCAAUUCCUAUGAGAUGGGGUACUGGUGAUAAUUAUUCGUACUUAUUAAUAGAUACGCCUACUAAAAAUGCUUGGUUGAUAGAUCCAGCAGAGCCCGAGGAUGUAAUCGCAUAUUUCAACAAACAUAAUCCAAGUUUUGAGUUGAAGGCAAUAGUUAAUACUCAUCAUCAUUAUGAUCAUUCUGGAGGAAAUAGUGAUUUCCAUUUGAAAUACCCUGAUUUACCAAUAAUUGCUGGAAAAGAUUCUCCACAGGUAACAUAUACGCCAUCGCACCAGGAGGUCAUUGACUUGGGGGAUAACCUAUCAAUUACUGCGUUACACACACCGUGCCAUACACAAGAUUCAAUUUGUUAUUAUGUUAAGGAUUCGUCGACGAAAGAAAAGGCAGUUUUCACGGGAGAUACGUUAUUUAUCAGUGGAUGUGGUAGGUUUUUCGAAGGUUCCGGAGAAGAGAUGGAUAAGGCUUUGAACUCAAUUUUGGGUAAGCUUCCAAAAGAAACAAAGGUUUAUCCAGGACAUGAGUAUACCAAGUCGAACGUCAAAUUUUCUAAGACUAUUUUGAAUAAUGAUGCUAUUAAGAAGUUAGACAAGUUUGUAAAUGAAAAUGAAUUCACUGCAGGCAAAUUCACGAUUGGUGAUGAAUUAGAAUUCAAUCCAUUUAUGAGAUUGAAUGAUCCAGACGUACAGAAGAUCACUGGUGCUUCGGAUAGCGCGGAAGUUAUGGGUAAACUAAGAGAAAUGAAGAAUAAUAUGUAA